AUGUUUCUCACAUUAAUAAUGUGGAGACCUGGAGCUUUGUGUUUAACAUCAUGGAUCACAGCAGGAACUGGAGUUCUGUCUUUAACCUUCUUCCAGUCAGCAGACUCUGGGUCGGACUGUGAGCUUGACGAGAGGUGCAUUGGACAGAGCGAUGAAAACUUUAGCAGCUGGUAUGUGUGGUUCCUGCUGUUGUUUUUCCUGGCCGUGCUCCUGUCCUGCGGGAUCUGCUGCUGCCUGCAGUGCUGGCUGAAGCGGCGGAGCUGCCUCCCCCGACGCGCCGUGGCUGUCUUUGCCCUCAGCAGCUCGGAUGCCUUUUGUGCUACUGAAGCAGCUCCAUGCCCAUUCUCCGGAUCCCUGAGCCCCUGCAUGACUGCAGAGAUUUCCUCUUCUCCUGCCCCAUGCUUCAGCCUUGCGGGAACUGAAUUGCCUCCAUCCUAUGAGGAUGUUAUGAAGGAAAACAAGGUCUAG